AUGAAUGCAGCAAGCAACGACUCACAGGCGGCCAGGAGGCCAGGAGGACUUUUGGCGGCCGAGAUUGAUGAAAGUCUUGUGCCCAUCAUCGAGGCGAUACUGCAACGACAUCGCGCGGUCACCCUCGACACAAUAACCGAUAUCCUGCAAGACGAAGAGCCUCUCCAUGACGAUUGGGACCAGGCCGCAGAGGAUAUGAUCGAGGACCAGUGGCAAAAGUCGGAACGCAAGAAGUCAUCUGAUCACGUUGGUACGCGGAGAACCAAUGAUGACCCUUUGCGAGAACUCUGGCGUGUCUGUGUCCGGUUCUUUAGGCAAGCUCCUCCGAUCUUGCUCUCGUCGUACAAUCGGUUACAGUUUGUUCCAAAGAGGAACAGAAGCAUCCUUUCAUAUCACCUUUUCACCAACGAAGGCUGCAAGGCCAUUUCAGACCUCGUCGUUCACACAGUCUGGCAGCAGGACCACCGCCCAUUCGUCCAUACUCUGAUAUAUGCCGCCAAUUGUCGCGUUGGCGGCAGGACCAACUUUCGCUGGCUUCCCUUUCCUGACGCGCCUUGCCCAGUUCUACGGUCACUAAGUGCAACACUGCAGUCAUUCGACGACGACGAGCUGCCGAAGACGAUACACAAGCUCCACAUUGACGCAAGGAACGCCGCCAUCGAAGAGAGGGAGGAGCCCAGUGUCUUUUCCGACUUGAUGUACGGUAUUGGUGAAAGCACCACCGUCGAGAAGUUCCCGUCGAAGCAUGAGCUGGACCUGUUACGACACAACAUCAUUCCAUUUCGAAUAACAGAUGUGGAGUGUAUCCAGAAGACGAUCGACGCGUUUGCCUAUUCCGAUGAGCGCGUGAGCUAUUCCGUGAAAGCCGUAGCCGAUGCUUUCAGGCUGUUGAAGAGGGACGAAGUGCCCACCAGGGACCAACUUCGUGAGCUUGAUGCUCGAGCAUGCAAACAGAUGCUCAGGAUCGUUGCCAGGCCCGGUAUCCACGACAGAGAGCAGCCAGCCAGCCGAUCAGGCCCAUCCACAGGAGACACCGAACGAGUGGCUAGUCGAUCUCGCAGCCCUCCCCCGUCUCCUGAUAUUUCUGAUGCGAUUAUUCGAUCCCGCCACCGAUCACAUUCCGACAGAGACUCGCCUCCUACCUCUCCCCAGAGAUCGGUCAGACCGCGCCGUGGACAAGCCACUUCUUCUGCUCAAGUUGCCCGGUACAGCACUUCCUCCCGUUCCACCGAAAUCUCUCAUCGAAGGAGUCAACGCGAUCCAAGUACAUUGAUGGAGCAGCUUGCGUCGGCUGGACCUGGCUCUAUUCAACACGAACGGGAUCGCGCCCCUCAUGUAGGAGCCCAAGAUCGUUUUAUCGAGGAGCUGAAAUCCAGCGUUGAGUCUCAGAAGACUGAGAUUCAGAACUUGUCGAAACGGUUGACUGAGACAGACGGCAAGGUUGAGAGGCAUGAGAGUCUCAUCAGAAGUCUUCAGGAAGAGAACCGGGUCUUCAAGCAGCAACUGACUCGGUAUGUCACAGGCACUGAGAGCGACUCCCCUUCACAACACAGCGAAGCUUAA